UUGGUACAAAGAAAACCAGAAGCUUCCAAACAAAGCAACAAGAAUCCAAACCAAAACCAUGUAUUUAUUGUGAGAACACUGAUCAUAAGCCAGCCGAAUGUAAGAGUGUUGUUACUGUUGCUGACCGCAAAAAGAUCCUGUCCACUAAACAACUAUGUUUUAACUGUACAGGAAAAAGUCAUAAAGCAUCUGAAUGUCGAAGCCAAUUGGGAUGUCGCAAUUGCAAGAGAAGACAUCACACCUCGAUUUGUGAAAGUAAAACCCCCUACUUGUGGCUACAGGCGAAGGAGCAGUCGUAUAUCCAAUAGUCGUGGUAGAAGUAGAUGGAAUCAUGUGUAGAGCUUUAUUAGACACUGGCGCUGGAAGCUCCUAUGCUUCUGCAACUCUCCUAGCUCGUCUGAAUACUUCACCUGUUCGCAAAGAGUAUCGAAGAAUUGAGAUGAUGAUGCAAUCGAGCACCAAGAUGAUAGAAGUUCACAAGAUCAAGAUUGAUAGCUUAGAAGAAAACUUUCAUCUUGAUACCGAGGUAACAAAAGUUGACCGUGAUAAACUUCUUUCCCUAACCAACCCCAGAUACAAGGAGAUAAUAGAGAAAUUCACCUACCUCAACGGAAUAAAGAUGCAAGAUGUGGAUGAGAAGCCAGAAUUGCCUGUUCACCUUAUUCUAGGGGCAAGCGAAUAUGCAAAAAUUAAAACCGAAACCAGACCCCGUGUUGGUAAACCUGGAGACCCUGUUGCAGAAUUCACCCGUUUUGGUUGGACCCUUAUCUCACCUGGAAGUGAAGUGGACUUGUCAAACAUGUUCUUAACGCAAACGUCAACCGUGGACUACGAAAAUCUCUGCAGCCUUGAUGUGUUGGGCUUGAAAGAUUCGCCAGCAGGAGACCAACGGAGUGUAUAUGAAGAAUUCAAGGAACAGUUGAUCAGACGCCCAGAUGGAUCAUAUGAAACCGGCCUUCCCUGGAGAGGAUGCCAUCCACCUUUACCAAAUAAUGAGCUGGGAAGUCUAAGAAGGUUAAAUUACCUUGCCAGGAAGUUGGAGAAACAACCCGGUAUGCUUCAGAAGUAUGAUGAUGUUAUCAAAGAUCAGUUAUCGCAAGGCAUUGUAGAGAAAGCAACAGAAGAAGCAGAUGGUCGUGAGUUCUACAUCCCUCACAAACCCGUUGUUCGUGAUUCCGCCGAGACCACCAAGCUUCGCAUCGUUUACGAUGCUUCUGCUCGAGAGAAUGAGAAAGCACCUUCCCUGAAUGAGUGUUUGGAAACUGGGCCAUCCUUGCAGAACUUACUUUGGAGCGUGUUGGUGAGAAAUCGAUUCUAUCCAGUGGCCAUUGCGGGAGAUCUGAAGCAAGCAUUCUUACAAGUGUGGAUAAAGAAUCAAGAUCGAGAUGUGUUGAAAUUUCAUUGGUUCAAAGAUUUGGGAACUAAAGAAGUGGAAACACUACGAUUCACACGCGCCCUGUUUGGCCUCGCUCCAUCCCCCUUCCUUCUGGGAGGAGUGAUUGAACAACAUUUGGAACUGUGUCAAGAGAGAUUCCCGCACGAAGUAGAAGAGAUCAGACGAAGCCUUUAUGUGGAUGACCUAAUUGGUGGAGGAGAGACCCCAGCCAAAGCCUUACACUUGAAAGAAACAUCUCAAACGAUUUUUGGCGAAGCAAACUUUGAACUUCAUAAGUGGCAUUCAAACAACCCUGACCUAGAAACAACCAGCACAUCCACCUUUGACCAACAACAAAGUUAUGCGAAGGAGCAACUAGGAGUGCAGCAAGGUGAAACCAAGUUACUGGGCUUACCAUGGAAGAAAGGUGAAGAUACUAUAGCAGUCAAAGUGUUGCAACAGAAAGCAGAACCCACAAGAAGAGGAAUCUUGGGUACCCUUGCCAGAAUCUACGAUCCAUUAGGAUUAGUGUCACCAAUCACUGUGGCUGGUAAGAUGCUGCAUCGUGAUGUUUGUGAAAUCCAAAAAUGUUGGGACAAACAGCUACCUACUCCAGUUCUUAACAAAUGGUUGCGUUGGGAGAAACAUCUACCGGACCAAGUGACAGUGCCAAGAAGCCUUGUCAAGUAUCAAGAAGAGAUCACAGGAAUCCAACUGCAUACUUUCGGGGACGCAAGUGGAAAAGGGGUUUCAACGAUUGUGUACGCAGUGAUUCAGCAACAGACAGGAGUCAGCCAGGGACUCGUUGCCGCCAAGUCGCGUCUCGCAAAACACGGACUGACCAUUCCCAGACAAGAGCUAGUGUCGGCGCAUAUGAGUACUAACCUUGUGCACAACGUGAAAGUAGCAUUGGCGGGUUUUCCAGUAACAGGCGUUUACGGUUGGCUUGACAGUACCGUGGCUCUCCAUUGGAUAAACGGGAAUGGAGAAUAUAAACAGUUUGUAAGAAAUCGCGUAAGAAAAAUCCAAGAAAAGCAUUACAUCCAGUGGGGACAUGUACCUACAGCCGAAAACCCAGCAGACGUGGGAAGCCGUGGUGGAUCUGUAGAACAACUGUCCGAGCUUUGGUGGCGGGGACCUGCAUGGCUGCAGCAUCCAGAAAGUUGGCCAGAGACAGUUGUUACGAGCGCGACUGCAGAAAGUGAAUCCGAAGCUAAGAUUGUACGAGAUGUGUUGGCAGUAGCGAUGCGAGAGGAAGAUAAGCUUGAUGAGCUGAUGGAAAAGUUCGAGUAUUGGAAAGUCAUACGAACAACCGCUUGGGUAGCAAGGUUCACCAGCAAUUGCAAGUUGAAGCAAUCGGAACGAAUCAAAGGUCCUCUAAAGACAGCAGAAACCAACCUUCAAGUCGACUUUUGGGUAAAGCGAGUGCAAGAGAAAUGUCAAGGAACCAGAGAAUUCGAGGAAGAUCGACAGCGUCUCAACUUACAGAGAAAUUACAAAGAGUUGUUCGAAUGUCGAGGUAGAAUUCAGGGAGAUUACCCAGUAUACCUUCCUGACAAGUCAACACUUACAGAAAAGCUGGUGAUGGAUGCUCAUGUGCGAACUUUGCAUGGGGGAGUGGGACUUGUUAUGACAGAAAUCAGAAAGGAGUACUGGAUCCCUCGUCUGCGAAGUGUUACGAAGCGUGUAAUCAAGAAGUGCUAUGGCUGCAAACGUCAUCAAGCUACCGCCCUUGCUCAACCACCUCCGGGCAAUCUUCCGCGAAAUAGAACUGAAGGAGCAUGGCCAUUUCAAGUUGUCGGAAUUGAUUAUGCUGGACCGAUAACGUAUCGAGCUAAGAAAGGUCAAGAGAAGAAGUCAUACAUAUUGCUUUACACUUGCAGUUUGACACGCGCAUUGUACCUGGAGUUGCUGCCUGAUCUUACGACCGACGAAUGCAUUCGAAGUUUGAAGCGACUUAUUGCAAGACGGGGACGACCAGACCGGAUUUACUCAGACAAUGGGAAAACUUUCGUCGCAGCUGCAAAUUGGUUACGUAAGGCUAUGAGAGAUGAACAGUUGCAUGAUUGGCUAGCGAAGCAGAAAAUUGCAUGGCAAUUCAAUUUAAGCCGCGCCCCUUGGUGGGGUGGUCAAUUUGAAAGGAUGGUGGGGCUUGUGAAACAAGCUCUCUAUAAGACCACGGGUAAAGCAAAUUUGCGCUGGGAGGAACUGGAAGAAGUGCUCUUGGAUAUUGAGACAGUCCUAAACAAUCGACCAUUAAAUUACGUCGAAGAUGACAUUCAAUUGCCAACUCUAACACCACAUGCCAUGAUAGUAGGACGUCCUAAUUUGAUACCAGAAAGUGCAGAACUUGAUGAUGAAAACGAUGGUGAUCUGAGAAAAAGAGCAAAGUACUUGCAACGAUGUAAGAAUGCAUGGUGGUCGAGAUGGUCAGCUGAGUAUUUGAAAGCUUUGAGAGAACGACACAACUUGAAGAACAAAACAACGGAGAUGAAUGCAAAACCUGGAGAUGUAGUCUUAAUAAAGGGUGAUGAACGAAAUCGUGGGCGAUGGAAAAUUGGCAUCGCAGAAAAGCUGAUAAAAGGCAGAGACGGAAUUGUGAGAGCAGUACGAUUGCGAGCUGGUAAGUCGUUCCUGGAACGUGCCAUACAACAGUUGUAUCCGAUGGAGUUAUCGUGCGACAGAGCAAGCCAGAAGAAAUUGGAUGCAACAGUUAAAGAAUUCACACCAAAACGACGGGCAGCAAAGAUAGCGAAAGAGAACAUUCGUCUAAUUGCUGAAGAAGAAGAGGAAGAACAUUAGCAUGGAACAUUUAGCAGUUAUGGGUUAAUACUGAACAGUUACGUCCGUAUUAGGACUAUUAUGACGUUGAAGUUGACUUUAUCAUAUAACCGUAAAUAUAUUUACCUUUGGACUAGCCAAAGUAAAUAGGGGGAGAGUGUGGGAAAAUGUAGGGAUAUAGACGGACAAGCGAUAAUUCAAGUUGAUAUCUAGAGAUAGAAACGGACAGGACAUUAUAAAUGUGGAUAUGUAGGGAUAAAUAGGGUUAUAAAAACACGUGUGAGAAUCCAAGAUGGCGGAACGUUGUUGUUUUUCGAGAGCAUUUAUUUAGUAUAAAAAUAGCAUGUUUUAGAUAUUAAAAAGGAAUAGAACCAAUCGUAGGUCUUUAUUGUCGUCUCAUAAAGCGAUUAUCGACACUCCCAUUGUCUUCGACAUUUCAAAGUGUAGACUGUGUCUAGUGAUGAGAAUCAAGGAAUUUAUUUUAUGUGUUAAUAUAAACCAAGCCCGUUUAGCUGCCUUAAAACGGUGGUUUAAUAAGCUCAAAAUACAAAGCAUGCAAGUCUAUACUAUAGAUUCAUCAUCAGUGAACAACCAAACUGAAAGUAUUGAACCUUAUAGAACGAUAGUUUUUAUUUGUUUACAACUAUACAUAUUCAACGGGUAUAUAAGAGUUUAACUGUUAUUUGAUAAUUACUGCAUCAACCGGCCCCUUGUUUAUACUUUGGAGGUUCGUAUAUAUUAAUAUCUAUCAAGUAUCUUUGGUUCAGAACAUGACUGAUAGGCCUAUAUGGAAAUCCCACUGUUCGAUUCAGUGAAGAAAUAUCUCCUAAUUUCUAUCGAUAGUUUUAGUAAAAUGUCAACAUUAUUGCGAUUUAUGGCCUUUGAAAGUCAAGCGAGAUAGUAUAUUAUCAAAUUAAUACGCAUGUAAUUGUCUGAACGAAAAUAUAGACUAGCCCAUACCUUUCGCCGAUCAUAACUUCGGCCCCUUCGGACGUAUCUUGUUUGUUAAAUAUUCUUGUUCGAAUCUCUAUCAAUAACACUAUUUAGAGUGUUAUUUUUCAGCUUGUAUCUUUUAAUUUGCUUCUUUUAUUAUGUUAUUCCAUUUCUGGUCUGACUUGACGUGAACUAUUAAUUUCAAAACGCAGAGUUUCAAAACGUCAAAACAUUUGGUUAAUGAUUAACAUUUAACCGAAUUUAGCCGUUGAUUGACAACUACAUAAAAAUACUAACCAAUCCGUUUUUCCCGUUCACCAGCGGACGGGUAAUUCAAAAACCCCUAGUUUUGCGGCAGACGGUAUUUCCUUUGCUUCCCUAAUUUUCGCUGCCCGUAGAAAUACCGCCUGCCAUGCAGGCUAGGCAUGUAGUAAAACACUGACUACCGGAACACCGGAACACUACCGGAACACUACCGGAACACCGGAACACCACCAUUUUGUUUGGGGUUAGGGUUAGGGUUGGGGGUUAGGGUUGGGGGUUAGGGUUGGGGGUUAGGGUUGGGGGUUAGGGUUGGGGUUAGGGUUAGGGUUAGGUGGUGUUCCGGUGGUGUUCCGGUGUUCCGGUGGUGUUCCGGUGUUCCGGUAGUCAGUGUUUUACUACAUGCCGGAGAUUUAUUAUAGUUUCACUUUCGGAAAUUGUUAUUCUAGUAUUUUACAGUAUUAUCUUCGUAUGGGGUCAUAUAAUAACUCGCGUCUUUUGUGCGGCGUUUUUGAAGGAAGCAAAUUAAACCAUGUCAAAUAUUGCCACACACACGCAUCAUGGCGGCAACCUGGUGUUCAGGGAGUGGUUUGAAAAUCCGUGAAAAUGGCGAUCUUACGAGCUGUUUUGUCGAUACUUUACUCCUAAUACCAACUGCUAUAGUUUUGUUUAUAUUGAUACCAGCUUUGGUGCUCAUUUUGCGUGGAAAAUCGGAGGUUUUUGGGCAAUCUUGUGUGAGAUUCAAACAUCACUCCUUGCGAUGGAUGCUAACUAUCCUACUGUUAUUAUCUUAUCUGGUCAAGAUCGGCGAAGGUUUUAUGUUCCAAGAACAGAUUUCAACAACACCGUUACACUUGUAUCUACCCAAUAUGUUCUCAUUUGUAUGUUUGAUACUUGCAACCAUCUAUUAUGAUAUUGUCGAAGUCAGUCAAAUCUCUCCAGUCAAAAAGCUAUCAAUUCUGUUUGUGUAUUGGUUGAGUAGUGUAAUAGUAUGGACUGUGAAGUUUGUACAGUUAUACCAAGUGGAAGGACCAUAUGAUAUCCGCCUGGCUACAAGUGUUUGCAUCCUGGUAUUUUACACACUGUUGCUGAUAGUCGAAAGACGAGUCAUUUUCUCAAAUCUUCCUGGACAGUCACAAUAUUCCUCGUGGAGUAGAACUAGUGAAAGUGAAGUCGAGGGGGAUGCCUGUCAAGAAUUCCAAGCAGGCCACAUUAAAUUUGUACACGAUUUUGCAAACUUCUUGUCCCGUUGUACGUUCUCAUGGAUGUAUGAUGUGUUAAAGCUUGGCAGCAGUCGACCUCUUGAACCCGAAGAUCUAGGCGAGUUACCACCGAUUGACAAAGCCGAGUUUAAAUUAACCACAAAAAGUUUAUCAAAGUUUGGGAGGAGGAAAAGGUCCGAGCUGCUCCGACGAAUACCACCCCAUCUCUUUGGCGUGCUUUCUUCAUCACAUACAAACGUAUCAUCCUAACGGCAGCUGCAUGCCGUUUUGUUGGAGAUUUGUUAAGUUUCAUUGGUCCAUUGUGUUUAAAACAAAUUGUUGCUUAUGUUGAAGAAACUUUGAAGUCAGACAGUGAUGAUUCAAAGUCUCAAACGGCCGAUGAUGUAAACAUGUCCAUGUCAGACUUUUUUGGGAAUGGUUUUGUUUUGGCUGUAGUGAUAUUAUUUGGAAACAUUGGAUCAACCACUUUGUUACAGCAAUAUUUUUACCUCUCACUUCGUUUUUCUACGAAUUUAAGAGCAUCUCUUCAGGUGAGAAAGUAAAGUUUGCCUAUAAGUGGCAAUGCGCCCCAGAUGCUUUAUAUUUUAUGCUGUUUAAUGCUGGAUAUGAUUUUAUUCGUCAAGGGGAGAGUGCUGCCACUAAAUGGGUUAAUCAGACUAUCUCUCAAAGUCAACUUUUCUGUGGCCUUUACUUUGACUCUCUUUUAGGCAUCCUGUUAACCCUUUAAGUGGCAAUGCACCCUACUUUGUUGUUUUACUCUGUCUAAUGCCAGACAAUUUUACUUGUCAAGGUGGGGGGGGGCAGUGCUGCCACUCAAUGAUAGAGUUAACCGUGCCCAUGCAUGGCUGCAUAAAAAAGUUAAAUUGUCUGGCAUUGGCCAGGGUAAUAUUGAGUAAGCCAUUUUGCAGAUUAUAGUGUGUUAAACAAGCACAAUUUAUGGACAGUUUAUGUUGUGCACUAAGUUAAGAAGAUUAAUGAUACUACAGGUAGUUGCAUGAGCUAGCAAUUUAGAUGUGAGCUACUUUAGCUGAUUAUUUUUAUCUAAAUUCCAAGGUAAUGAUCUACAACAAAGGCCUGAAUCUUUCCAGUUUCACAAUUUCUGGUGGUAAAAUGGACUCAGGACAAAUUGUAAACCAUAUUUCAAUCGAUACUCAAAACAUUUCUAUGUCGAUGACCUUCCUACACCAUUUGUGGGGAGCGCCUCUGAAAGUCAUUCUUGCAUUUAUUCUUAUUGUAAAUGAGCUUGGUGUUGCCACAUUACUGGGUUUUGUUGUGUUGCUUGUGCUCAUCCCAAUAAACUAUGUUUUAGCGGCACAGAUGGGACGGUUUCAAAAGAUAGGCUUAGGUACAGUAUUGAAUAAAAAUUAUUGUUUCUUAUUUUUUCAAUAUUUCACUGGCAAAAAGGCUUUCUUACUAGCAAAGAGAGAAGUCUGGUAAUGAGCCCCAUGCCAUGCUGAAUUUUUAAAUCAUUGGAACAAAGUUCAAACGUUGUAAUGAAUUGGUUAAUUAUGUAACUAUGUUUAUUGAACGCGUACUGUAGGUAUAAGUGACGAGCGUCUGAAGAACACAAAUGAGAUGCUGCAAGGAAUGAAACUUUUGAAGCUCUAUGCAUGGGAAGGAUGGUUUGGUGAGCUGAUUGAAAGAAUACGUACUCGUGAAGUCUCUGUCAAAGUGAAAACUGCUCUCCUGAAUGCCUUGGUGUUUUUCAUUACUACAUGUACAACAACCAUCGUGGCUCUCGUUAUGUUUGUCAGUUAUGUCAAGGUGUCUGGUAAAGAGCUGACUGCAUCAAAGGCGUUUGCAUCGUUAGCCCUGAUUAAUCUUAUGAAGGUGUAUAAAUAAUUUGAUUUGUAAUGAUAAACCUCCCACACACUGGGGAAGCCCAAACCCCAUAUGAUGAUGAUACAACAUUAGGUUUUCAUGGAGAGAGUAGAAUGUCAAAGUAUUAGGACCCACAAUGCACCCACAUUGCAAUUUAACUUGUGAACAAUGGUAGCCUCUCUAAUGCGGACCCCUUCUAACAUGGACAUCUAUCUAAUAUGUCUAGAUCUAGACAUUUUAUUUUGUUUGUUCUUUAUUGCGAACACCUCUCUAUUGACUCUAUUACGAACACCUCUCUAUUACGAACACCUCUCUAAUAUGGAGAUAUUUCUAUACAGACACCUCUCUAAUAUGGACACCCCUCUAGUACGGACAUCUCUCUAAUACAGACCCCUCUUAAAAACAGACAUCUCUCUAAUACAGACAAUUUCCAAUGGGCGGACGCUAAAUUAAAUAAUUCUCAUAUAUUUUCUUUUAAAAACCUUCCUUUUUUAGCUCUGUUCCUUAAAUGUCCAUAGUAGAAAAGUCAGACUGUUUAUUUUUUUCCAACUAGGUGCCCCUCUUCCUGUUACCAGUAAUGGUCCGCACAGUAGUGAAUGCACGUGUUAGCACGAAGCGUCUUCUCCCGUAUCUCCUCGCACCUGAAAUCAGUCACCUGCGAGACGAAGCUCCCGUCUGUGUCAUCGAAGAAGACGAAGAAAGUCCGAGCCCGGAGGAAUUCAAAAUGGUGCCGCUGAAACCCACCAUGGAUGACUCCACACCAUCACCAGGUAGCCCUACCAUUGAGAUUAGCGUGAAGUUCUCUAAAGACUCCACGAAGAAGAAGAAGAAGAAAGAUGAUACGAAACAAAAGUCGAGCGCUGAUCCUGAUUUCUGUAUUCCACCUCGGAUUGCAGUUGUUAUCAACGAUGCCAGCUUCACGUGGAACCCCGAAGCAGACCAGCCAACAAUAUCGAACGUAGAUGUUAAUGUACCCAAAGGAAAACUGACGAUGAUUGUGGGACCUGUUGGAAGUGGAAAAUCCUCUUUGGUAAUGUAUAAAUUACUCGAUUUUAUACAUUAG